AUGAUACGCUGCCUCUGCGCGCCUCUACUCAACAUGAUUUUCGAGAUUCCUUUGGAUCAUUUCCCGGCUCAGCAACAAGCUACUAAAGGUCCCACUCGUCCUUUGCGAUUAACCAAUAACGCCAUACAAGAAGUUUCGCAAGCCGUGGCUGUUCCGCCAAGCCCUCAAGUUAAAAAAGGAGCAUUUAGUUUCACGACUACUGAAAAACGAUCAGUUCCAACACUGCGGGCUACAAUUCCGCCAUUGAAGCGCGCUUUCACAUCUCCAGCUCUUCCAGUUCAACAUUUGAACUUGACAAAUCUUCGAAAGGCAUCGACGCCAUCUUCAACGCAUUCAAUAACCGAAAUGCUUAAAUCAGAUUUUCUGAAAAUGCCCUCAAGAUUAUUAUGUCAAGCAGUAAGCCUCCACCAGCUAGCUUGA